GGCCCAUUCUGGUCAAAAUAAAAUAAACCUCAUUAGCCUAUCCACUCUUUGCCUAAUUACGUUACAUCAUCAUCUCCCUUUUUUCACUCUAUAUAUUCUCUUUUUCUCACAAUCACAUAAUCAACGUGAACCAAAUGACCUCUGUUUGCAUUUCUAGCUGCUUGUCCGAUGCUACGGACCCUCUGGUCCCUGUUAGGGCAACAUACGUGAAUCUGUACAAGUGGCCAGAAUCGGAUGCUGAGUUUUUGAGGUCAAGGAGCUCAGGCCGACCGAGUAGAGUGGUGGACAGUUUCUCGUGUAGGCAGAUGUACCUGAGGAGUUAUAGGUUUUCAAGGAAAGAAAGUGUGAGGGAAAAGACAGUGAAAUGCUUUGGGAGAGUUAAAGAGAAAAUAGGGGGUGAUGGGAAGAGGAAGAAGAGCCUACGUAUUAGAAGAAGGAGGAGGUGUUUGGUUUGGAGGAAAAUCAAGAUUGUAUUGUUCAGGUUUUUCAACAGAUUGCUUUCUUGUUCUGCUACUGUACAUGUUGUAGAUCAGAGGAAUGCGUUCUUUUGAUUCAUUUGGCUGUGUUUGAGAGGAUAGGGUUUAAUUCAUUCAUUUCUUCUUUGUUUUGAGUUAUGUAUUCUUCUCUAUUUCUCAUUUAUUCAAUCUAUGGAACAGUUAAAAA